AUGCCUCGUGAAAAUCAGUAUUCUGCUUCGGAUUAUGCGGACAUGAUCAUGUUGUACGGCGAGUGUCACUAUAACGCUAGGGAUGCUUGUCGUGUGUAUGCUGAACGUUACCCAAACCGUGCUCGUCAUCCAAACCAUCGCGUGAUUCUCGGUGCUGCUCAACGUCUUUGGGAUACUGGGAAUAUUUUGCCAGCCCGCGUCGAGCGUGUAGGUCGUCCUCGAGACAUACGUAAUCUGCGUAAUGAAGAUCGUGUGGUUGACGCAGUGGAGAACGAUCCUCACACUAGUGUCCGCAAACUUGAGCGUCAGUUGCAGAUUUCUCGUACGUCAAUUAAUCCUAUAACUAAAGCGAGAGCAUUGCAUCCAUUCCACGCAACUAAAGUUCAAAAAUUAGGACCUGGUGAUUUUGAACAGCGGAUAGCUUUUUGCAACCGUAUUUUGGAGAUGGUUGCCAAUGAUCCUGACUUUUUACAGCGUGUAUUGUGGACAGACGAAUCACUGACUACCAAUGGCCACUGGAAGUUUGUCCCUGGCACUGACAAUCCAGCAGAUUGUGCAACUCGAGGCUUGACAACCAGUCAGCUUAAAACUCAUCAACUAUGGUGGUCUGGCCCAUCAUGGUUGCUCGAAGACUCGCCGUCCUGGCCAACCAGUCCUAUUCAUAAAGAUGCAGAUACUCACCUGGAAGAACGUCCAGUCAAAUCACUCUAUGUUUUGGCUCAACCACUCAACUCGUCUCGGACGCUAAUGGAACGUCCAAUCCCACUGUUGCGCAUGCUCAGAGUUACAGCAAUUUGUGGGAGGGUACGCGACAUGAUCAAACGCAUACCACACUCGACUCUUGCUCGUCCACUCACAUCAACUGAAAUCAACCUCGCACUCCAGUUCUGCAUCAAGGAAACUCAACGUAUUCAUUUCUACUCUGAACUCCAAUUACUCGCAAAACAGGCAUCAUGGCCAAAGGAUCACCCAUUUGCUCGGUUGGUGGCUUAUCAAGACACCGAUGGCAUCAUCCAAGUAGGGGGGAGAUUGGAAAAUGCUCCAAACUCAGAUCAACAGAAGCAUCCUGCAAUUCUACCUCGUGAUGCUGCUCUAACUCGACUCGUCAUCUCUGAUGCCCAUCAGUGUACCAUGCAUGGUGGUACUCAACUCACACUCGCUCAUACUCGACUCCGAUACUGGAUCAUUGGUGGACGUCAACCAGUACGUUCACACAUACUCAAAUGUCUCGUCUGUGCUCGUCAUCGAGGUGUUCGGGCUCAGCAAUUAAUGGGACAACUCCCAACUCAACGUGUCACCCCAGCGCCACCAUUUUCUCACACUGGAGUCGAUUACGCUGGUCCAGUAUCAAUCAAAUCAUGGAAAGGUCGAGGAUCCAGGAUAUACAAGGGCUGGAUCUGUGUGUUUGUCUGUCUGACCACAUCAGCAGUUUACGUCGACCUUGUCAGCGACUACUCAUCAUCAGGAUUAUAG